UUUUGCUAUUUCCUGUUUUCCAGCAUGCUGACCGCUGACUUCGCGGCGGCGGCCGUGUUGAUCUCGUACGGAGCGGUGCUGGGGAAGACUACGCCCGUGCAGCUGAUAGUCAUGGCCUUCCUGGAGAUCGCGUUUCUCACCGUGAACGAGUGGAUCGGGACCGUCCAGUUCCAGGCCCAGGACAUAGGAGGAUCGAUGUUCGUGCACGUGUUCGGAGCGUACUUCGGGUUAACGGUGGGCCGCAUGUUGUACCGGCCCGAGGUCACCGACAGCACCAAGGAAGGGGCGAACUACCACUCCGACCUCUUCAGUAUGAUCGGCACAGUGUUCCUGUGGAUGUACUGGCCGUCCUUUAACAGCGCGCUGGCCGUGGGAGACGGUCGCUACAGGGCCGUCAUCAACACCUACCUGUCACUGGCCGCAUGCGCAGUGGUCACCUUCGCCAUAUCCUCUGCAGUUGACAAGGACGGGAAAGUUAACAUGGUUCACGUUCAGAACGCCACGCUGGCAGGCGGAGUGGCUGUGGGGACGACUGCAGACAUGAUGAUUGAGCCCUGGGGGGCGCUGCUGAUCGGGUCCGUUGCCGGCACGCUUUCAACCGUGGGAUUUACGUUCGUUCAGCCAUUCCUGACUCGUUUGAAGUUCCACGACACCUGCGGUGUGAACAACUUGCACGGCAUGCCUGGGUUGUUGGCGGGCGUGUCUGGAGCGGUGGCGUGUGCGCUGAAACUGUGUGAGCUCGGAGAGAGGUCGGCUGCAGUACAAGCGGGGUUCCAGAUGGCGGCGCUGUGUGUCACCCUUGGAGUAGCUAUGUUGGGUGGAGCCAUCACGGGCAUCAUCCUCCAACUUCCCGUCUGGGACAAACUACUGCCCGACGAACUCUUCGAUGACAAGGGAUAUUGGGAGAUUCCCGAUGGUGAGGAGGAUGUCGAGCCUCAGCUUCAGCCAGCCCAGUCUGUCAUUCAGGACGUGAACUGAGCGAUUGGACAAGAUAACAUCUUAACAUUUAGUUACCUGAUAUCAUCUGAGUGUUGUCAGGCAAAGUUCAAGUGUCGUCAUAAACAUACUUUUCUACAUCAGUACACUGUAUUCUUUUUUUUUGCAAUCCAUGUGUUCAAUCUCAUCAAUUUCUCAAAGCGGACAAAUCAUUCGCAUACCCGCCAUUCUAGUAUUGUCAAGUUUACAGCCAAACAUUAUGACGCAUGUAUAGUGGCAAGUCAGGUGUAGUUAUGAGAUAGU